AAUACUGUUUGUGCACAUCAAACAGCACUCUGCCACCACAAGCUGUGACUCUGUCAUCACAGAGCUUGGUCGCAUUCAGUAAAUAUGAACCAGAUUGAGGAUGAAGAUGAUCCUGUCCUAAGAGAAUACGACGUGUAUAUUCCUCAACAGACCGAGGAGAAGCUAUACGUCUUGCAAUACCCCAAUCGCUCCGGAGAAGCACCUUAUUCAGAAGCCAACCAUGCUCGGCCGCUAGAAUUACGUCUCAAGCCCCAUGUGGGACUCGUCGAAUUGGACGUUCCGCUGAACGUCUACGACAAUUACGACAAGACAAAGGGAAUACGAUGGGGUGAAGCGGUGCGGAAAGGUGGAAUGGACAGAGGAGGUUCUUAUGGCUUUGCUGGGGGGUUUAGCGGAGGUGCUGUUCCGCAACCCGCUCGAAAGGGCAGUAAAAAUUCUGGGCUUGAAGAUGAAAUCAAUGCUGCUGAGCUGCAAGAUGCUUUAUUGGCGGACUUUGAAGGCGCAGUAAGAAAGGGUCACGUGUUAAGCAAACAGACCUUGGGUGGUCAGAUUGUGCCCCCCAAGGACGGCGACCCGAUUUACAUGAUUGGAGUCUUUCGUGGAGACCAACUCCAUCUGAGCAAGGUCACUCAGAUCGUCCAGAUGAGACCACAAUUUCAUCACAUCGAUGCGAUGGUCGACAACGAGAGGAACUCUGCACGCAGUCUCCGCGAGUCCGCAGCACCUCGCCAGACAGAAGUUCGCGCAGUCCAGAUGACUGUUAAAGCUGCAGAUGGUGAUGAUAUGGACAUGGGCGAGACCGCUAAAGUCCUUCGCGCCGCGCAAGAAGAAAACUGGCAGCGAUUAAUCUACCACGAUGAGGAUAGCCAAGAAUCAUGGGACAAGUAUCACGAGAACUUGUUCCUGGAAGAUCUGGAGAACGCGCCCAAACUCGAGACGGACAUGACCAACGACGAGUACCUAGAUUCGAUCAGCGCGCCUCGGGUCGAUCCGACCGACCCUGACAGAAAGCCGCAGUAUUCAAAGCUUGAGCCCGACUCAGAAGAAGAGGCCGACGAUGCUAUCCAGGAGGCCAGCUAACCCAGGAGUGUGGAGCGGCUUUGAGGACGGCGUGCCUCCGUUCAAGAAAGUCUGUGCAUCUUUCCUAAACCGAAUGGCCAAUCAUAGGCA